CUCUGGAAGGACGAGGAUAUCUUCACCACCACCAAGAGGCUCCGGUUCGAUUUAGGAGCAGGCUGUAGUUUAUACUUCAGAUUCCCAAUCGGUGUCCGAGUGGCAAUGCUAGCCGCGGCGUAGGAAGGAUUCCUCUCGCCAAGGAGACUUCGGAUCAGAGCCGGAAAAAGAGGUUCGCCGGGCACCGCUGCCUUUGCUGAGACCCCCGGCUUCUUCGGAUUCCCGAUUUCUCCUCGGGAGGAAGCUGCGGGGUCGGGGAGGUCUCGCUUUGCCUAGUUGCGGGGCGAUCAGAGCAGCCAUAUCGCGCCUGCUGGGUGGAAAGUUGAGCUAAGUUGCGAGAGGAGGGGAUUGCACCGGUUUCUGCAAGCUUGUUGCCAACUACGAGGGGACAGGAACGCCUUUCGCAACCUUCGUGUCGUUCCAGGCAUCACCACCACCACCACCAUCAUCAUCUGUACACGGACUCACGUAGAAGUCGAGCUUUUGCCGCGGAAGGCGUUGGAGGUUGUUGCUUAGCCAACUUCUGAACGGAACCCGGAGAGCCCAACCUUGCUGCUUAUCAGAAAGCUGGUUUUAGCAAAAGAUUCACAGACGGGUAGUAAGGAAGGUUUAAGUGAUGGAGACCCUGAGUGUGCAGGUGAACAUGUCCAUGGAGGAAGAGACCACGGAGGACCCGGAGCUGAAGAUGCAGAAACAGAGUACUUCGCUGGUCAAACUCUGGUCAGACCUGGAGGCAAUGAAAGCCUCCUCUGGCAUGGUUCCUCUCCAACAGGUGAAAUGCAAACCUGAAGAGGGACUGCAAGAUUGCUGGGAAGCCCAGUGGCAGGAGUUUCUCAGGGGCCUGCAGGGUCCUCGCUCAGAGAGGGUCCAUGCUGAGACAGUAGAGGAGUCCAGACAUUGGGUCAACACGAAGGCCUUCCUAACUUCCUUUGAGCAAGUUGCAUCCGCCUGCAAAUGGCCCCAGGACCAAUGGGUGACUCUUCUUGUGCCAGGACUCAGACAAGAAGCUGAGGAGGCCUUCAACAGCCUUAGCGGCCAAGAAAGAGGAGACUAUGGGAAGUUGAAGGCAGCCAUCUUGCGAGUGGAGGCCCUGGCCAGGGAGAAACAGCGCCGGGAUUUCCGGCAGUUUUGCUACCAGGAGACCGAGGGGCCCAGGGCUGUUUACAGGCAUCUCCAGGAACUUUGCUGGCAGUGGUUGAAGGCUGAGAGGUGCUCGAAGGAGGAGAUCCUGGAGCUGCUGGUCCUGGAACAGUUCCUGACUGUCCUACCUCCGGAGAUGCAGAGCUGGGUCAGGGCUCACGGCCCUGAGACCUGCACUGGGGCUGUGCUCUUGGCUGAGGAGUUUCUGUCGAAGCGGAGCUCGGUGAAACAGGAGGAAGAGAGUCCAGGUCCUUUGGGGAUGGUGGCAAUUGGGGAGCCUUCCCAGGGAAGCCAAUUUCUACCACCAGGUUCAUGGGGAUGGCAGCUGUCCAGGGAGAUGAAGCUGGACGUUGAGAAAGAAAUGAGUUCAUUCGGCGACAGUCACAGACAGAUGAACCAAGACAACCAUCUUCAUCAGAGCAUUUCUGAGGCACCAGAAAAUGAGAUACUAAAAAGAGACAUCAUACCCUCCCAGCAUUGCAAGGAGGAAAUGAGGCCUAAGAACCAGGAGGAUCAAGAAACAGAAUGGAAUUCCCCCAAAAGAAGCUCGGACGAAGUUGCUUCUGUCGGUAAAAGUGAUUCCGAUCCAGAUGAAGCCAAGGCCGGCCAUAAAAUCCACCAGUGCCACUGUGGUAAACGUUUCCGGUGGAGCUCCAAUUUUCAGGUACACAAACGAAUUCACACCGGAGAGAAGCCAUAUACGUGUACGGAUUGUGACAUUCCUUUUGGUAAAUCGGCCCAACUAAAGGCCCACAAAGGAAUUCAUACCGGCGAAAUUCCCUUUCGGUGUCCCACGUGCCAGAAAACUUUUACCAGCAGUUCCAACCUUAUCACCCACAAGAGGAUUCAUACCGGAGAGAAGCUGUACCGAUGCACUUACUGCGAGAAGAGCUUCCGGCAAAGGGGGACUCUCACCAUCCAUGAAAAGAUCCACAUGGACGAGAAGCCUUUCAAAUGCUUGACGUGCGGGAAGACUUUCCGCCAGAAGGGGACCCUGAGCGUCCACGAAAAAAUCCACUUGGGGGAGAAGCCCUACCGAUGUCCCAGCUGUGGGAAGAAUUUCCGCACCGCGGCCGUCCUGAGGGUUCACGAAAGGAUCCACACCGGGGUGAAACCGUAUCAGUGCUCUGUGUGCCUGAAGAGCUUCACCGACGGAUCAAACCUCAUCACCCAUGAGCGAAUUCACACCGGCGUGAAACCGUAUCAGUGCGCACGCUGUGGGAAGACCUUUUGUCAGAAAUCCGGCCUGAUGACACAUGAACGCAUUCAUACAGGGGUGAAUCCAUACAGGCUCUCAACCGAUCAGAAUCAUUUAGAGGGAAGAUCGGAUCUUGACGCCCAUCAGGGAGCAAAACUGGGAGAGAGAUCAUAGACCAGAGGUCUUCAAACUUGGCAACUUAAGACUUGUGGACUUCAACGCUCCAUGGCAUAGGGCCGGGUUACUUACGGGACCGCCUACUGCUACCGAAUACCUCUCACCGACCCGUGCGCUCUCACAGAGAGGGACUCCUCAGGGUGCCGUCAGCUAGGCAGUGCCGUCUGGCGACACCCAGGGGAAGAGCCUUCUCUGUGGGGGCUCCCACCCUCUGGAACGAACUCCCCCCAGGACUUCGUCAACUUCCGGACCUCCGAACCUUCCGUCGCGAGCUUAAAACACAUUUAUUUAUCUGCGCAGGACUGGAUUAGGUUUUAAAUUUAUACUGGUUUUAAUGGGUUUUAUUAUUUAUAUUGCUUUUUAAUAAUUCGGCCAUGUAGAAUAAGUUUUUUAACUGUUAUUUUAGUCUGUAUUUAUAUGUACUUUUUUACUUGCCUGUGAACCGCCCUGAGUCCCUAGGGAGAUAGGGCGGUAUAUAAAUGUGAUUAAAUAAAUAAAUAAAUAAAUAAAUAAAUAAAUAAAUAAAUAAAUAAAUAAACUCCCAGAAUUCUCCAGCCAGCAUAGCAUAGCAUAGCACGCCAUGCCAUGCCAUGCGAAUUCUGGGAGUUGAAGUCCACAAGUCUUAAAGCUGUCAAGUGUGAAGACCUCUGUCAUAGAAAGACAAAUAGUCCUCGGUUUACCAUAGUACGUUUAGGGACCGUUCGAAGUUACAAUGGCACUGAAAAAGAGUUACUUAGGGCUGUUUUUCACACGGUUGGCCACAUCUCCCGGGGCACGUGAUCAAAAUUGGAACUUUCGUACUUGAUGUGUAUGUCAGGACUGGAAUUGAGGAUACUUUCACCCAGUGGUGGUAUUCAGCCGGUUCUAUCCGGUUCGGGCGAACUGGUAGCGGCGGCUGCGUGAGGCUCUGCCCACCCGCCCACAUAUCAUCAUGUCCCGUUUUUGAUGCUUUGCACAUCCGCGCAAGGCUCAGUGCAAGCAAGGAGGUGGUAUGCGCGAGCGUUCCCAUUUGCAAACCGGUAGCGAAAAUAAGUGAAUACCACCCCUGCUUUCACUAAUUGCUUAUUUUCUUACUAGACCUUACAUUUCUCACAUCAAAUAUAGAUCAGAUAGUUAACUUUCAAUUAAAAAAAUAAUAAGUACAAAUAAGCUUUUAACUUAGAACCAUUUAUUUAGCCCAAUGGUCACCAACUGGUGGUCCGUGGACCACUGGUGGUCUGCAGAAAAUUUUGGUGCUCCACAGAAAAAUUAUUUGCAUUUUUUAUAUUGCACUAAAUCAGGGGUCCUCAAACUAUGGUCCCUGGGCCGGAUACAUGCAAUGAAUGCUUGUGUUGCUGCAGAGAGUCUCCCCCUUCAGGGUCUUUUUGUGUGGGUCGGAGGGGGGCAGAAAUUCUGACUCGGGGUCUGCUUCAGCCUCCUGGUGUGGGGCUUUGGGCGAAGGCUGGAGGGAAGCAAAGCUGGUGGCGAAGAGCCGGAGUGCCUUGUUCCAGUGGGACUGCAUCAUGGGCUGGAACUGGCUGACUAUCUCAGCCCACUGAGCCUCCAGGCGUCGGUAACUGGUUUUGCAUUCCCCACAGGUCUUUCCUCUGCUUGGAAAGCCUAUGCUCGUAGUCCUCAGUGAGGUGCUUCUGCUGAGCCUCCUUCUCGGUCAGAUCCAAUUUGAACUGAGCCAGCUGUUUUGCCAAUUCUUUCUCAUGGUGGCUGCUUAGCUCCAACAACUGCUUCCUGUUGGGGCCCUAAGGAGCCUAGGAAGGCAGGCAAGGAGUGGCUGGGAGGGGAGGGGUGAGUAGAGGCCGGAGAGAUAUCCCUCAAUGUGAAUGAUAUCAAGUUGGCCACUCCCACCCAGUCACAUGACCUAGCCACACCCACCAGCCAGUCAUUAGGCAGAUCAUAUUAAUGGCCCGUGGGAUUUAAAAUUAUGAAUUUAAUGGUUCCUGAGGUCCGAAAGGUUGGUGAUCCCUGGUUUAGCCUGUUGAAAGUUAGAACAGCCCAUUAAAUAUUGGAUCUGUUUGAUUAUUAGAUGGAUAGAUUCUCCCAUCUGAAAUACCUGUUUAUUUAAUACGAUAUUUUUUGUUGAAGAAGGAUGGGAAAGUUCAUAACUAUUUGUAGACUCGUUAUGUAAGGGAAGGAGAACCUAUCAGGUUUUUUUUUUCUAAUUUACAGGUAGUCCUCGAUUUACGGCCACAAUUGAGCUCAACAUUUCUGUUGUUAAGCGAGACAUUGGUUAAGUGAGUUUUGCCCUUUUUUUACGACUUUCUUGCCACAGCUGUUAAGUGAAUCACUGCACAGUUGAUAAACUAGUAACCCGGUUGUUAAGUAAAUCUGGCUUCCCCAUUGACUCGGCUUGCCGGAAGGUCGCAAAAGGGGAUUACAUGAUCCUGGGACACGGCAACUGUCAUAAAUCAGUUGCCAAGCAUUUGAAUUUUGAUCAUGUGACCAUGGGGAUUAUUUUAUUUUAUUAUUAUUAUUUAAUCAUAUUUAUAUACCGCCCUAUCUCCCGAAGGACUCAGGGCGGUUCACAGGCACUUAAAAAACACAUAAAUACAAUAUAAAAACAGUUAAAAAACUUAAUCUAAAAGCCCGUUAAUUAAAAAUAUAAAAAUAAAACCCAAUUAAAACCAUAAAUUUAAAAUCUAGCUCAGUCCUGCACAAUUAAAUAAGUAUGUUUUAAACCCGCGGCGGAAGGUCCGAAGGUCCGGAAGCUGACGAAGUCCGGGGGGUAGCUCAUUCCAGAGGGUGGGAGCCCCCACAGAGAAGGCCCUUCCCCUGGGCGUCGCCAGACGACAUUGCCUCGCUGACGGCACCCUGAGGAGACCCUCUCUAUGAGAGCGCACGGGUCGGUGAGAGGUAUUCGGUAGCAGUAGGCGGUCCCGUAAAUAACCCGGCCCAAUGCCAUGGAGCGCACAUGCUGCAGUGGUCCUUCCUAAGUGUGAAAAAUGAUCCUAAGUCACAUUUUUUCAGUGUCGUCGUAACUUUGACCGGUUACCACAUUGUAAGUCUAGGACUAUCUUUUUUAUCAACAGCCAGCCAGAAUGGAUUCUUGUGUGUUUUUAAGAUUAGAUAUAUUAAAACAUUUGGGUUUAUUUCCCUCUUUCUUCUGUACACAAAUCAUUUUUUUCUCUUUUGUUUUUCAUUGUUAAUGUUGGAUGUUUGUUUUUCUGUUUUGUAUUUUACCUUUGUGGAUAAACGAAAAUAAAUACAAGAGAGAAUGUUACACCUGCACUAAAAAAAGUGAUCUAAGACUGGCCUUUGCACUUAAAAACUGUCAGAGUCAGAAUCAGAAUAGAGCCGGACAGGACCUUGGAGGCAGGGGUGAAAUCUAAAAAUUGUCCCUACCGGUUGUGUGGGCGUGGCUUAAUUGGUGGGCGUGGCUUGUUGGUCAGAUGACUGGGUGGGCGUGGCCAAUAACAAUAAAUAAUAAAAAUAAUAAACAAAGUAUAAAAAAACAAUAAGAGGUACCAAAAACCAACUUUCACACUUUAUACACACACAACACAACACAACACAACACAACUGACUCACACACAAUGUAAAAGCAGCUGCACUUCACACUUCACACAGCCACAAAAUGCUCAAAAACCAACUUUCACACUUUACACACACACAAAACAACACAACACAACACAACUGACUCACACACAAUGUAAAAGCAGCUGCACUUCACACUUCACACAGCCACAAAAAGCUCAAAAACCAACUUUCACACUUUACACACACACACAACUGACACACACACACGCACACGCACAAAAUACCACAUACAGCUUUCUGAGAUUUUGUGUGUUUGUGUAGUUAGAGUGAAACACUACAGAAACACAUCAAAUCUCAGAAAGCUGCACAAAUAUUUUAUUUUAUUUUAUUUUAUUUUAUUUUAUUUUAUUUUAUUUUAUUUUAUUUUAUUUUAUUGUGGACUUCAAUUCCCAGAGUUCCUCAGCCAGACAGCAUUAAUCACUCAGUGGUGAAAUAGAUUAGCUAAAUUUAGAUUAGUUCUGUCUUGUGCUAAAAGCGAAACUGGGGCUUUCCGGCUGUGAGCAGAACCAUUAGGUCGAUCAGUAAUCAGGUAAGUGGCUUAGACUCUUUUAAAAGGAGUUUUUUAAGGUUCUGCUGAUGAGGAACUCAGGUGAGAUCCCCAGAGUAGGCUUUAAAUAUAUAUUUUUUAAAAAGUCUCUGCCAAUCUCAGCUGAGGG